CCGGAAAAGACUCUGAUCCAGUUUCUGCUGGCCGGUGCGGGUCGAAAUGGGUGCCCAAUUCGAUCUCCCCUCAAUCAUCAACGGAGAUGUGUUGACCAGCUGAUCCCAUGCGGCGCUAGGGAUCCUACUAUUUCAGCGUCGGAAUAAUAUCGCGUUUAAGAAAUACAUUUAUCGUCAAAGUUGAAAAGGUGUUGGUAUCGUGUAAAUAUUGAGGAGUUCGAAGUAAGAAUUCUCAAUUAUCGUCCAACAUCCCAUUCCAUGAUCUGAGGGGUAGCACACACACAACGCAUCCUUCCUAAAACAGUAAAAAAUGAAGAUUCUUAUCACGGGCGCCGGCGGUUUCAUCGGUCAAUUUCUUGCAAGAGAAUUUUUGAAAGAUCCCUCCAAUCAACUUGUUCUGACCGACAUCGUUAACCUCGCCGUGCCUAAGGGCAGUUUGAACCCGCAAAAUGCCAAACUUGUGAAAGCCGACCUAUCACAAGAUCAGUCCGUGAUUACCAAAGACCUCAGCGCCGUCUACCUAUUUCAUGGUAUAAUGUCAAGCGGGUCGGAAAGCAAUUUCGACUUAGGCCUAAGAGUCAACCUUUUCACAACACUGCGUAUUCUUGAAGCCAUCCGACAAGUCGCCCCAGGGAUACGAGUUAUCUACGCUAGUAGCGAAGCAGUGUAUGGUCGUCCAUACCCCGAAAUAAUUACCGAGGAUAUUAUCCCAACCCCAGAAGGCUCGUACGGCGCACAGAAACUGAUGUGUGAGGUCCUCAUUAACGACAUGACGCGUAAGGGAUUCAUCGACGGCUUGAGCCUACGGUUACCAACCAUUUCCGUCCGCCCAGGCAGCCCCACGGCGGCGGCAACCAGUUUCGUGAGCGGUAUCAUUCGCGAACCAGUGCAAGGCAAAGAAUGUGUGGUUCCUAUAAAAGAUCGGAGCUUUCCUUCGUGGGUAUGCUCCCCCAAAACCUUGAUCGUGAACCUGAUUCAUGCUCUGGCGUUGCCUUCGGAUGCCCUACCGAGUCACAAGAGAGCGAUCAAUGCACCAGGUCUUUUGGUGACCAUUCAGGAUAUGAUGGACGCGUUAGCGAAGGUGUGUGGGGAGGACAAGUUGCUUCAUAUUAAGGAAGUAGAAGAUCCUGAGCUGGGAAAGAUCCUCCAUUCAUUCGCUUGGAAAUUCAACAACAAACUCGCCCUCAGUCUAGGGUUUCGACCGGAUACUAGCUUCGAAAAUGCGGUAAGGGAUUACGUGGAAUUUUUGGAGUUUGAAAAGAAUCCUUCUUAGGAGUAGGGAUUAUAAUAUGAGUAGAAUAGUAUUCAAAUUUGACUGAAACAUCAUACAAAUUAUCGCAUUGUAUUUCGAAUGGGUAAGGUGCUUAGGUACGUGUCAACAGCUGUCGGGAGGGUUCGCAUGACGGCAACCCCAUGCCCAGGUACCGUAUCCCAUCUUAAUGAGUUAUUGGUUUACAA